UUUUAAUAAUUCGCCUCGAUCUGUGUCAGUCAAGUGGAGUCAAAACAUCUGUCUGUUACAAGAUGACAGUUUUAAGCAGAAUGUCACUAUUUUCUCAAGUUUUCAUCAGGAAUUCAUCAAGAAUACCAAAACUCUGUAUACAGAGACAGCCUGUGAGAAGUUUUCGAACUAAACGAGGAAAAGAUACAAAAGUUGAAACAGAAACUACCAAACCUGAUCCAUAUGAAGUGGAAUUGUAUGAAGCCACCAGUCAACCUCGGGACCCUGGAAUUCUUGGGAAAUAUGUAACAUACACAGCAGUGGCAAUCCCUGCGUUUUUCACUGGUUGUGCAAUCUGGCAGUAUGAAACUGUGAGGAAAGUUGUGAAAAAUCCCCACAGUCACAUGCGUAAACAAGGCAAACAGUACGGAAUUAGAGAUCAAUUAAAUGAAAUAUGGAAUCAAAUUCCGCCAGCACGGAAACUCGUAGUGGAGAUUGUAGCAGCAAAUGUGGCUAUAUUUAUGCUGUGGAAGGUGCCACGACUAUAUCCUGUCAUGUCUAGAUAUUUUCUAUGCAUGCCAACUAGGGCGCAUUCAGUCCUAGCAUCAACGUUAUCUGCAUUCAGUCACACAGCAGGGUUUCAUGUAUUUGCCAACAUGUAUGUUCUAUGGUCCUUCAGUGCUCCUCUUUGUUCAACUUUAGGAAAGGAACAAUUUUUAGCAGUCUAUCUUGCCGGUGGGACAGCAGCUGGAUUGACGAGUAGCGUAUAUCGUGUGAUGAGCGGCAAAAUGAUUCCGUCUCUUGGAGCAUCGGGAGCUAUUUUAUCGUUAAUAGCAAUUGUGUGUUUACAGUUUCCCGAUGCUAGAAUUAGCAUAGCAUUUGUUGACCAGAUAAUUCCACAUUCUUUCUCAGCGAAAAGUGCUAUAAUAGGACUUAUCAUAUUAGACUGUGUUGGUAUCGCACGAGGAUGGAGAUUUCUGGAUCAUGCCGGACAUUUAGGCGGGGUCUUAUUUGGGUUGUUUUAUCACAAAUAUGGCAAACAUUUAAUAUGGGAGAACUACAAGCAUGCACUGUUGAAAAAAUAUCAUAGUUUUCGAAAUAAAGGAAAAUAGAGAUCUCCUCAAGUUAAACAAAUUUAAGAGAAAAUGUUGGUUAUUUAAGAUCUAAACCAGUUUAGUCUGGAGCAGCACCAACAGCAACAAGUGGUGCAGAAUAUGUGAUAUGAUAUGUAUUAUGAUGCUAUCUGUGUUAUUGUUGCAUUUCCUACAACAGAGUUUUUAUAGCUUUAUCAUGUAUCUUUUAUGCACACCUAAUUCUUUUCAAAUCCCUUGAGGGGAUGUCAUCCUAGAUGGUGGACUGAAAACAUUAUGUUUGAAGGCAUUCAUCUUGUACCUCUUAUUAAUAUGAGGAAGUUGUCAAUUUCGUGCAGAGAACAGGUUAAUACUGAUAAGAAAUCCAGUGAUCACUUUGACUGAAAUACGAUUGAAAAAUGCCAUUGAAUCCUAAAAACAUGUCCAACAUCAAAUUAAUAUGGGCAGUUCUGUAAAUAAAACAUUAACAAGUUCAUAUUUUUGGAUCUGUGAAAGUAAUGAAAAGUUCAUAUUUCAGUUAUAUGUUUUUAGCUCACCUGAGCAUGAAGUGCUUUGGGUGAGCUAUUGUGAUCACCCGUUGUCUGUUGUACGUCUGUCCGUUUAUCCACACGAUACCUCCUCCGAAAAACUGUUUGGUUGUAGUCGAUAAAAUUUUGUUCCUUGUAUGUUCGUCAACCAAACAUAUUCAAAGAAUCCCAUUCUGUGCAGAAUUCUGGUUGCCAUGGCAACAGAAGGAAAAGUUUCAGCUGUCUUCUCCAAAACUACAAGGCCUAAAGGUUAGAUGUAUGAUAUGUAGGAUUGUCUAUUUCUCUGCUACCAGUUUUUUUAAAAAUCAUCCCCCUGUGAUGAAAAUAUCGACCCCAUCCCAAGGUUCACUUAUUUAGAUAAGCAGUAGAAAGCUUCUUCUCUUAAACUGCAAGACCCAGAACUUAGGUAUUUGGCAUGUAACAUUGUAUAGUGGUCCUCUACCAAGUUCGUUCAAAUCAUGCCCUUUGAGUAAAAAUUGGCCCUGUCUUAGGGUUCACUUGUUUUACAAAGACUUUAGAAAAAUCUUCAAAAAAUCUUCCACACUUUAGAUAUUUGGCUUGUAACAUUGUGCAGUGGUCCUGUUUUAACUUUUUUCAAAUCAUGUCCUAGUGGUCAAAAUUGGUCCCACACAUGGGGGUCACUUCCUUAACAUAGAUCUUUAUAGGAAAAACUUAAAUUAUCUUGUCAUCUAAAACCUUGGCCUAGAGCUUAGGUAUUAGGCAUAAGCAAUGUGUAGAGAUUCUUUACCAAGAAAUCAUGUUCUCAUUUGAGCCAGGUGAGCAAUAUAGGGCCCUUAUGUCUCUGUUCAGGCAUUGAUAUUUUUUGCUUCGUCAUAACAUAUGCGCUAUUUCAUAUACUUGAGCAAGUUGCUGUUACUGGCCUGUUUAGUUUCUGAUAGUAUCAAUAAUGUCGAUUUGCAGAACAGAAACACAUGAGAAUUCGACAGCCUGGAACCCAGGCUAUUCCACAAUAUUCUGCAAAGUAAAAAUGCUUAUUUUCAGACAACAUUUUCAAAUUUUCCACAAUUUAUUAACAGAGUUACAAAAAAGAGCCUUGUGUAUUGACUUUUUAUGUAUGGUUUUGGUAAUUCACUGCCUUACUAAAAACUUUAUAAGACCCAGUUUUGAAUCCCAAUCUGAUUGCGCUUUCCUUGUUAGUUUGGGAAAAUCAGGUUUAUCUAUGUACAGGUGCCCUGUAUGAUAAACACAGUUGUGAGACAUUGGUACAAAAUGUUUCUCAGGAAAUGUUAUGUUUUUUAUGAGGAAAUAAAGAAUUUUGAUACCUACA